UACAUCUUUUUACAUUUACGCAGCCAUGCCCACGUUAUCAGUAAAAAGAGACUUACUUUUUGAAGCCCUUGGUCGAGCAUACACCGAUGAUGAGUUUCAAGACUUGUGUUUCGAAUUUGGACUGGAGCUCGAUGAAGUCACAACAGAAAAACAGAUGCUUAUGAAAGAGCAGGGUGACCAUGUGGGAUCUGGUAUAUCUGAGGAGGUCCUGUACAGAAUUGACAUCCCUGCCAAUCGAUAUGACCUGUUAUGCCUGGAGGGGCUGGUCAAUGGAUUGCUUGUGUUCCAGGGCAAGAAAUCACCACCCCAGUACAAGCUUAAGAAAUAUGAAGACUGCUACUCCUUACACUUGACACCUGACACUGCACAAAUCAGACCGUAUGCUGUUGCUGCUGUUCUAAAGGGCAUCCACUUCACAAAGGCAUCUUAUGACAGUUUCAUAGAUUUGCAGGACAAAUUGCACCAGAACAUCUGUCGCAAGCGAACGCUUGUGGCAAUCGGCACUCAUGAUUUAGAUACAAUUCAGGGUCCAUUUGUCUUCGAUGCGUUACCACCCAAGGAUAUUAAGUUUAAAGCUCUCAAUCAGCAAAAGGAAAUGACGGCACCUGAGCUCAUGGAGUUGUAUUCGACCCACGCGCAGCUCAAGCAGUACCUGCCAAUAAUUCGGGACAGCCCAGUGUACCCUAUCAUUAAAGACAAGAAUGGCGUGGUGCUUUCCAUGCCCCCCAUCAUCAAUGGAGACCACUCCAAGAUCACGCUCAAUACUAAAAACGUAUUUAUUGAGUGCACUGCUACUGAUUUAACAAAGGCGAUAGUAGUACUUGACACGUUAGUCUGCAUGUUCUCGCGAUACUGUGCUAACCAACACGAAGUGCAGCAGUGCAAGGUGUACGCGCCCGACGGCACGUACGAACUAUACCCGCAGCUUAAAACCCGUGAAGAACGCAUCAAUGUCGAUAAGGCAAAUAAUUAUAUUGGAAUUAGAGAAAAUGGCGACAACCUAGCAGCGCUACUAUCGCGAAUGUGUCUCACAUCGACACACGAAGACUCCGAGCUGAUAGUACAGGUCCCACCUUCGAGACAUGACGUCAUCCACGCCUGUGACUUGUACGAGGACAUUGCUAUCGCUUACGGGUACAACCGUAUCCCCCGCCGCGCGACGCGGGUAGUAACGAAUGGCGGGCAGGACCCCAUCAACAAGCUCACUGAACAGCUACGGCAAGAGUGCGCACAUGCAGGAUACACCGAGGCUCUCACCUUCACGCUUUGCUCAAGAGAAGAUAUAGCCACCAAGCUAGGCGUCAAAAUUGAGGAUGUACCUGCAGUUCACAUCUCUAAUCCUAAGACCUUAGAGUUCCAAGUGGUGCGCACAUUGUUGCUGCCUGGUCUGCUGAAGACUCUGGCUUCUAAUAAGAAAAUGCCGCUGCCUCUUAAACUUUUUGAGAUCAGUGACGUCGUGUUCAAGGAUGAUAAAGCUGAGACCGGCGCGCGCAACGAGAGACGCGUGUGCGCAGUGCACUGCGGCCGCGCAGCGGGCUUCCAGUUCGUGCACGGCCUGCUGGACCGACUCAUGGCGCUGCUGCGCGUACCCUGGGCCGCCGACGGGUAUCAGCUCAGACAGUGCGAAGACUCUGCAUACUUCCCCGGUCGCUGCGGCGAGAUACUGCUGCGUGGCGAAGCAAUCGGAAAGAUAGGCGUAAUCCAUCCUAACGUGCUGGCCGCCUUUGACCUCACCAACCCCUGCUCCGCCCUGGAAAUCAACAUUGAGCCUUUUUUGUAAUUCACAAAUUAUAUAUGCUCAUUAUACAUUGUGUAAGCGUAAGGUGUCGCCAGGAAAUUUUUAUUACAUUACGCGGUUUGAAAACCUUUUGAACGUCGUUUCGCUCACACGCUAAUAUAGUAAGUACAUUUUGAAAUAGAAAACUGCUGUAAGACUCUGACACAAUAACUAAAAUAAUCAUGAGCUUCCGCGGCGGUGAAUUGGCGAAAGACUAAUUUUUCACUGUUUUCAUCAAGCCAUCUCGCCGCCGAAGCUCAUCAUUAAGGACCACGGAGUGGUUUGAAAUAUGUCGAGCAAAAAUAAAUUCGACUUAAAUACGAGAUUAAGUUUUUAUUGAAUGCCAGGAUUUUUGACCACCACGACAUUCAAUUAUUAUUUUUUUUGUGAAUUACUCCACUAGUUUGUUAUAAUUAUUAAUACAAAGAUCGAACACUUAGAAAAAAUUCCUUCGAUCCGGCCGGAUUCGAACCGACGUCUCCUAGCA